AUGGAUGCUAACAUAGAUAAGAAGCGCUUGAUUACUAAAGAGAUGGUGGAAGCAAGUGAGUUACUAAAGGAACUUCAAACUGAAAUUAAUCCCUCUUCUUUUUCUGGUCAUGAUUUAAUGACCAACAUAUUGACUUCCGUUGAGACUUUUCUUGCGAUGCUGAAUCGAGUGAACGUGGAGACCAAAUCUACCCCGGAGUCACCCUUGGGUCAUGUCAGGAAUGGAAGUUCUGUGAGCGAGUGCAAUUCUGAUUCACGAAAGAGAUAUAGGAAACCCGCAGUGAGAUGGACAGAACAAGUACGUGUUUAUGCACAAACGGGACUCUAUGGACCCGUAGAUGAUGGAUACGCAUGGCGGAAAUAUGGGCAGAAAAACAUUCUUGAAGCCAAACACCAUAGGUGA